CUGCAUGUGCUCGUCUGAAUGAGGUUCUUAGAAGCCAGCAAGCCAUUAUUUGUGACCCGCAACUAGGACGCCAUUCCUGGAGCGUGAGAGCGAAGGCAGGUACAACCACACUGCCUCCACCUUUGGAAGAAUGUCAACAACUAGCCACGGAAGGGUUAACAGGGACCAGUAGUGACGUCAGGGACUCCGUGCGCCCAGGCACGAACCCCUCCAGCGGACUACAGCUCUUCACUGUGCAAAACUACAACGACCGUGAGGAAGUAGGCGAAGCGCCUGCGCACUCGAGACUCCCUCUUUGUUUUGAUAGGCGGAUGAAAAGACUACACAUCCCACAUGCCAUUGCGGCGUGCUCAUGCGCUCUACUGUACAUUGGGCCAUUUAAAAGUCGUCGUUAGGGGAAAUGGCCGCGCAGCUAGGUACGUUCUCUGAGGAGAAAGACAAAGCCAAGGUAGGGCGUAAAAAGAAGCGGAGGGACAGUUCACCUUCGUCGGAGAAGAAGAGGAAAAAGAAAGAAGAGGGGGUCACCAAAGGAGAUCUGACCGAAAAGGAAGCGAAGAGGAGGAAGCUGGGCAAUGACACCCAUCACAGCUGUCACCAUCACCACCAUCAUCACCACCACAAGCACCAUCAUCACAACCACCAUGCCAAAGAGGAGCUGCUCCUGCGGCCUCCUCCGCCGCCCCUGCCCAGCGCUGCCCCCCCUGUGGCCCCCAUCAACCAGGCCCUAUUCACCCUGUCUCAGCUGGAGCGGCCUAGGGACAAGGGGAAGAAGAAGCACCGCAUCAAGAAGGAGAAUGGGGAGGGAGACAGCCCCCUGAAAUCUGUCAAGAAAGAAAUUACAGAUGAAAAUGGUAAAUUUCAGAGAUUGAUAAAGGAUGAGGAAGAUGAUGCUCUCCUCCUUAAAAAGCUCAAGAAGAAGAAGAAACAUAGGGAUGACUUAAGAGGCAGGAGGUUGAAAAUGUACAACAAAGAGGUACAGACCCUUUGUGCCGGACUCACACGCAUCAGCCAAGAAGUCGUGGAUCAGUCCGAAGUGGAGGUGAACAAAGAGUCCAGUAGAUAUCUGAAGGAUGAGCAGCUGUGUCGCUCUGACUUGGGCACCGAGGAAUACAGAGUCCCCCAGGAGGUUCAGAUGCCCUUUGCAUCUCACCAGGAGCACUGCAUUCGCACCAGUACGUUAAACGCAGGUUCCAAGUUCAGCAGGUUGAUGCACGAGGAGAACCAGUCGAAUGGUGGAGCCCCAGUUUUGCAUGCCUACAUGGAUGAACUUUCCUUCUUGUCUCCUGUGGAGAUGGAGAAAUUUGCAGAGGAAUUCCUGGACCGGACAUUUUCGGAAAAUGAUAAGAAUGCAGCCUACUAUGCCCUGGCCAUAGUACAUGGUGCAGCUGCGUACUUGCCAGAUUUUCUGGACUACUUUGCUUUCAACUUCCCGAACACCCCCGUGAAAAUGGAAAUCCUUGGCAAGAAGGAUAUUGCGACGACUACGAUUGCAAACUUCCACGCGCAGGUCAGCAGGACGUAUUGUUGUGGCACUUAUAGAGCUGGUCCAAUGAGGCAGAUCAGCUUGGUGGGAGCAGUUGAUGAAGAGGUUGGAGACUUUUUUCCAGAGUUCUUGGACAUGUUGGAGGAAUCUCCUUUUCUAAAGAUGACUUUGCCCUGGGGGACAAUGUCUACACUUAAGCUCCAGUGCAGAUCGCAAAGUGAUGAUGGCCCAAUCAUGUGGGUGAGACCAGGAGAGCAAAUGAUCCCUACAGCAGACAUGCCAAAGUCCCCUUUCAAAAGGAGAAGGACUAUGAAUGAGAUAAAGAAUCUAUCGUACUUGCCACGCACUAGUGAGCCCAGGGAAGUUCUUUUCGAGGACCGAACAAGAGCUCAUGCCGAUCAUGUUGGUCAAGGUUUCGACUGGGAAAGUACGGCUGCAGUAGGGGUUCUGAAGGCCGUGCAGUUUGGAGAAUGGAGUGAUCAGCCUCGCAUAACCAAAGAUGUGGUCUGCUUCCACGCAGAGGACUUCUCCCACGUUGUGCAGAGGUUACAGCUAGAUCUCCAUGAGCCUCCUGUCUCCCAGUGUGUUCAGUGGGUCGAUGAAGCGAAGCUCAAUCAGAUGCGUCGAGAAGGCAUCCGUUAUGCUCGGAUCCAGUUGUGUGAUAAUGACAUUUAUUUCAUCCCCCGCAAUGUCAUUCACCAAUUUAAGACUGUGUCAGCAGUGUGCAGCCUGGCCUGGCACAUACGCUUGAAGCAAUACAGCUCCAACAAAGAAAAAACAGGACCUGUAGGAACGGACGACAGCUCUGAAGUUAAACCUCCAGAGGAUAUUCUGACCGCUGUCAAAAGGGAAGCGGAGGAAACUCCUCUCUCUGCACCAACACAAGGACCUUUUGUAGCACCACUCCUUCCAUCACAGAGGCUGGACAUCCAGCCGUCACCAACACAAACUCCUAAUGCAUAUCGCUCAGAUUUGUAGAUAAAUUAUUCUGAAGAUUUAUUCUUUUUUUUUCUUUUUCUUUUAUUGUGUUUCUUAAACCUAUUUUUUAAAACUUUUGAUGUGAAGGUAUAGUUUUAUAACAGACUGACUUUAUUCCUGUAAUUUCCAAAUAACUCCAAUACUGGUUUCAUAAACCUUUUAUCUAGGUUUCUAUUCGCUGACAUGGCCAGCCCGGGACAACAGAAUAUGUCACUUAAGGAACACUGCUGGCAAAAAAGUGUGUUUAUGCGUACAAAAAGAACUUUCUACAUUUUGAUGUCGUUUCAAUAUACCUUUUGUGUGGCAGGGAUAGGAGUCUCACAAACUUUUAUUUUUUUUUUUUUUUUUUUUUUUUUUUAAAGCUUGGGAUAAAUGAGCACUUUUAGUAAUGUUUGUUAAUGUGGUUGGUUGACAUUAUGAAAUAAACCGCAUUUGUAGUUUUUUUACUUUUUUUGUUUCCUAAAAUUAUGACCAGGCUAAAUAUUAGCUGGAUAAUUCGGUCAUAUACCAGUUAAUAUAACAACUGGUCUGACUUCUUUAUUUUUUAAUAUUUCAGAUUUUUAUUUUUACAAAAAUGAUCUCAGAAGGAUUUUAUUUUCUAUAUUUAUUCUCCUCUUUUAAUUUGGGUUUUCUUUAUUUCUAUAUUUAUUUAUUUUUAUUAUAUGCUUUCUGACUUUUUAUAAUUUUUUUUUUUUUUUUGAUCGAGGACAUACUCGUCAGAUUCCAGCACUUACCAUUUGGUAUUUUCAUAUUUUAAAAUUCCAUUUAAACAAAACGAAUGGAAUAGAAUUUUAAAUAGCGGUGGGGUCUAUGGGUCCCGAUUUUCUUAGCCUAGCUACUUGUUAAAAGGGUUAGUGGAUUGGUCCAUUAAAGCAACUAGUGUUCUAAUAUUGGCUGCAAUAUUCUUAUUUUUUACACUAUACUGUUGUAAAGUUUGGUUAUUUCAUUGGUAUUAGAGACUUUAGCAGAAUAAAAGGGUUUCUGGACUUUAAUGCUAAGCUUUUUAAUGCAGUGACUUACUAAGAAUAAUCAUGCUGUAAGCAAUGUUCACACCAAUCCUGGAUUACUAGGAGGUUAACUGUGUAAAGACAUUGCCUGGAAUGGCAUUGUGGUGCCAUUAUUGUACUACUGUAUGUAGGAUUGGAUGCAGUUUACAGUUUCAAAGUCUCCAGGUACCGGUGUCCUUUUUUUUUUUUUCUCACCGAUGAUGGCUUCUAGUUGAAUUGUUUGAGCAUCUUGUUCUUCCAUGUUAAGUAAUAUCUUAUUUAUGGCUUGUUACCUGGCUCCUGAUUUUGUUAAAACGCACCUUCCAUGGGUCUCUGGCAAUCAGUAGCACACUUGGAACAAUGAACUCUGAGUCCAGUACUGGUGGAGAUCGAAGGUAGCAAACUCCACAUUGCUGUUCUUAUACAGAUAUUUCCGCACCAGCUCCACAAUUGUGAACCACUAAAAUGCCUCAUGCACCCUGUUGGCAUUUCUAUAAGAGCCUUGUAUGUAUUUUUUAAUAACUAUGUAUAAAAAAAAAAAAUCAAGUGGGUGGCGCUGUUUUUGUCUCUUGAAAUAUAACCAGCUGUGUAGGAACUUUAUAUACAGUAUGACAAAUCUAAAGUUUGAAUAAACGAAUUCUGAUGUUAGCCUUCAGGGUUAUAAGCAUACACUUCAGUAAUGUGUUGCAAUACAAUGCAGGUCAAGUGAGCCACUUUCUGUUGUAUGAUUUAAAAAACAAACAAAAAAAAAAACUUUUUUUUAAAAAUAGUUAUCACCGUGGCAGUAGCAAAAAUUGAUUUUAUGAUUGUAUAAAAGAUAAAGCCAAAUAGAUUUUGAGCAUAUGGUUCUUAAAUGAGCUUUAUUUUAAUUUAGAAUUAAAUGGAUUAUUGUAAAUUC